AUGACGUAUGCGGAGCGAUUCGCGUCCAUCCUCGAGCCCGAGAUUGAGGACCCCGAAGAAGGUUCGCAUGCCAACUCUUUUCUUCAUCUCUCCAUACCCAACUUGUUCGCCCCCCCUCCUAACGCGCGCACAGAAACCUUUUUGCUCUACUCGCAGCCCAUCCCCUCGUCCAACCUGGGCUUCGUCGAUCCCCGCGCCAGCACCGUCGAGGCGCGCGUCGGCGGCGCCGACUACACCAUCCACCAGUCCCCCGGCGUGCUGUCCUCGAACCGCGCCGGCGGCACCACCGGCGCCGGUACCACGGCCCGCCCCCCUUCCUCGAUUUUCACCCAAAAACGUGCUAACACGAAGGAAACCUGCGCGCUCCCCCCCCGCAAAGUCUUGUGGAAAAUUUCGCCCGUGUUCGCCGACUGGCUCGCCAGCCCGGCCAACUUUCUCUUCCGCGCCUCGCCGCCGUUUCUCGACGGCACCUCGGCCGUGCUGGAGCUCGGGUGCGGCAUCUCGCCGCUCAACGCCUUUGCGCUCGCGCCGCGCGUCGCCUCGCACACGCUGACGGACCAGGCGUACGUGCAGCGGUUCGUGCAGCGCAACCUCGACGAGAACACCGUCCCGUCUCGGACCGCCGCACGCAGAUCCAAACCCGACAAGCAGCCCCCCCUCCGGCCAGCAUCCAACAUUGCGUUUGCGACGCUCGACUGGGAGACGGACAGCCUGCCCGCCCGCCGCAGCUACGACGCCGUGCUCGCCGUCGACUGCGUGUACAACUAUGCGCUGAUCCCCCCGCUCGUGCAGACGUGCGCCGAGGCAUGUCGCCGCCGGACGCAGCAGCAGGAGGAGGAGGCGGGCGCCGAUGGGGGCAGCGGUCCUCGGCCGAGUCUGUGCAUCGUCGCGCAGCAGCUGCGCAACGACGACGUCUUCCGGACUUGGCUCGCGGCGUUUGUCGAGGCCUUUUACGUCUGGCGCGUGCCCGAUGACAAGCUGCCCGAGGCGCUGCGGCCGAGCGCCGGCUUUGUGGUGCAUAUCGGCAUCCUACGAGACUGA